UAUGCAGGCAGUGCCUGUCUAAUUGAAACAAAGUACAACAAUAAGGUUCAGCUAUCUUUUCAGCAGCUGACUGAAGAAGUUGUGCCUCAAUUAUUUACUAAUACUGUUUUAGUAUCAAACUUGCCUAAAAAAUUCUACAAGGAGCCUUUUGUGGAUUUUAUUACUGAGGAAGUGGCGAAACUUUUAUCUUUAGAUGACAGCUGUGUUGUUGUUGAGGAGGCUACAGAGUACAACAGCACUGAAAGCACCAUCAAGGUUACUUUCAAAGAACUUGAAUAUGCAGGCAGUGCCUGUCUCAUUAAGGAGUUGUAUAACGGGAAAGAGAAGCUGUGUUUUGAGCAUGUUCUGGAUUUGAAACAAAAUGAAUUGAAUAAGUCUGCCAAGAAGGUCUGGCCUGUUUUUAACCAGAUUAACUCUUUUGUAGAGAAUGAAGAGGAUGCUGAUACUGUUGGACCACUCACUCUUUGUAGAGAAACAUCAUUGGAGAGCAAUAGAGCAACUCUGGCUUUUUUGCAAGAAUGCAUCAAUUUAAAUACAUCAAGGCCUUUUAAGGCUACUGUGGAAAAUAUGAAUAAGGUGUCUGAAAAUCUGAAAGAAAGCCACAAUGUCCAUGUCACACCAGACGAAUGCUCCCGUAAGAAGAGAAGACUUGAUGAGAAGUACCGCAGGAAUUCACCUGGGCUUUUUACGAAGCACAUGGCCUUUCUGCGAGGUGACUCUGACAAGUGCCCUACUUUCCAGGCAGAACCCUCCCUGGAGGAGGAUGUGUUGGCUAAGGUCACAUUCACAAAAGGAGCAGUUAUGGACACGGCUACUAUCUAUUCCCUGAUUGAUGUCUGGGAUGACAUGAAGGAUGAAUAUUAUAAAGCCCACAAAGACAACCAAUUUUAUUGGAAAAUCUCAGCUCAAAUGGUUCUCAGAGGGAAGAAAUUUUCUCCUAGCGCAUGCCAGAAUAAAAUGAAUCUGCUAUUAUCUGAAUACAAGGCGUACAAUACAGCACUGAAGCGGAGUGGGUCAGGGCGCCCUAGACAUUGGGAAUUCUAUGAAGCAUUGAAACCCAUUUUGCAGUCCAUGGUCUCAGUGGAUGCAGAGCUCACGUACUCUGCUGGGGUGGCAGUGGCACAGACCACUAACCCACACAUCCAUGCAGGUUCAAGCACCAGCAGUAACGUCAGGUGGGGAAAAGAGGACCAGCUCAUAAAUGGCUAAACUCCUACUUG